AAACGUCAAAACAAGUAUUCAAAACGUGUUCGGCAGUAAACGUUGAUCUGCUAAAAUUCGCUAUUUUCUAAUUUUGUACCGACCGAAAGUCUCCGGUAGCAUCGACAAUGGAGAAAUAUGCCGUACCGAACAAACUACCGGCCGAAGAAAUCAGCAUUUUAGCACAGCGUAAGUCUCGCAUCAAGCGUGAUGCCAAUCAGUGGGUCCGGAAGCCGCAACCACCGAAUCGCAAAACCAAAUUUUGCAAGCCGGAAUUUUUCAUUGCCGAUUGCCGUAAGGCGGAACGUGAUGCCAAACGGAUCAAACGAAACUUUCUGAAAACCGGAGUACAGCUGAAGGAUUCCAAUAUUGAACAUGGCCGGCUUAUUUUGGUUUUCCGCCACAGGGGCAAGUACAUCGCCAAUAAGGAAGUGAUGCACAUCUUAAAUAAACUAGGUCUACCGUAUAAACGGCGAGCUGUGCUGCUGAAACUGACCGAGGGCGUUCAUGCGAUGCUGAAAAUAGUGGAACCGUGGAUCAUUUGGGGGUACCCUAAUAUCAGCACAGUUCGAGAACUGCUGUACAAGUACGGUUUGUUCAAGCAGCAAAAUGGCGAGAAGGGACCGAAAAAGGUUCCGAUUGCUUCUAAUAAACUGGUGGAGGACAAGUUUGGCCAUCUAGGAAUUAUCUGUGUGGAAGAUCUGCUGCACGAACUGUUGACAGUUGGUCCGAACUUCACUAAAGUCACAACUAUUUUGCACACAUUCGAACUCCGUUCGCCGGUGGAUGGCUGGAAGACGGCUCGAAAAGGAAAACUACGUUCUCUGGGUGGUGAGGCCGGCUUCAGAGGAGAGGAGAUUAAUGAGUUCUUUAAACGGCUGCUGUGAUGAGGAUGUUAAGUAAGUUUUUCAUGAUAACUGUAAUAAUAAGUGCUAAACAA